CUCCCAUUCUCUCCACUCCUAUCUGCUCUACUUCUCAUUCAGUCGGACGAACCACUGCAUCUUGCUUCUUAAUUUGUUUGGAUAGGCACAGAGAUGAGGACUUCUGCUGUGGCCUUUGUUGCGUCUCUUCUCCUACUACUGGCUACAAGAGCACAUGGAAUCAGGCUAGAGAGGCGGUUACAUGGAGCAAUCAACAGCAAGGAGAUGGGCGAUGCGAAGUCCGGCGAAGCAUCCAUUGGUUACUCGGUGAACAAGCACUGCACUCCCGAUGGGCAUUGCUCAGGAAAGGUGAAAAACCCACUGACGCACGCUGAGACGAGUGCAGCCAAGAAUCAGAUCACCGAGAGGAACGGUCACACAAGUGUCGCCGAGGCCACGUCUCACAAAGCGGAGGUGGCGAGCCACGGUUCCCAAGAGGAAGCAGCGUCCGUCGUCCGCGGCGCGGGCGCGCCGCGGCAGCGGCAGACAUACCCCGACAUCCUCGACAUUGCCGGAAUGGAUUACUCACCGGCCACAAGAAAACCUCCCAUCCACAACUGAACGAACGCCGGUCAGCCGACCUUCGAUGAGAAAGAUCAGCACGUGAGUGCAGCACGCAGUACAAGUACUCUACUAGCUAGCUAGCUUCUAGUGCCCAUUAGCUUUUUUCGUUCAUUAGUUUAGCUGCUUAUAGCUGGGCUAUCUUCUAGAAUUAGUAAUAGCUAGCAAGUGCUCCGAUCCUGAUCCCUGAGUCCUGAAUAGAAUAGCGCGUACAGCUAGUGACCACUCGAUACUGGACAGCAUCGAAGGAAAUGCUGCACCUUUUGUGACGACGAUACUACUCUACAAAACUUCUGCCGCUUGUUUUCAUCUCGAGUGCCCCGCGGAUGUAACAUGCCUGCCUGUGUAACACCGCGCUUUUGACCGCUUCUGAUCUGCAUCGGUUAAUCUGGCACUACUCUCCGAUACUAUAUUCUGCUACUCCAUUGUU